UACCCACCCUUUUUGUUAUUCCGGUCUUUUCCUCCCUCUCCCGGCUCCAAGUCCUCUCCCACUCACAUCAGCUCUGGAAAAAAUCUCUUACCUGCCUCUUCCAUUCCUCUUCCCCAUCUUCAACCAGCUCAGCUCAGCCUCUUGUCUUUCACUUCCGUCAACAGACAUCCCCCCUCAUCAGACACAAUGGCCUCCACCCGUGUUUUCGCCUCGCGCCUGGCCAACACCAUGGCCCAGUCGGCCAAGGUCGCCCGCCCGGCCAUUCGGAUGCAGCUCGCUGCUCCCAAGCGCACCUUCGCUAGCAUGAGCCUCAAGCGCCAGCAGGCCCCCUCCACCAUCCUGGCCUCGACCAUCGGCCGCCAGGCUUUCCAGGCCCAGCGCCGCAUGUACUCGUCCGAGAUCGCCCAGGCCAUGGUUGAGGUCUCCAAGAACCUCGGUAUGGGUGCGGCCGCCAUCGGUCUGACUGGUGCCGGUAUCGGUAUCGGUCUGGUCUUCGCCGCUCUCCUGAACGGUGUUGCCCGCAACCCCGCUCUCCGUGGCCAGCUUUUCUCAUACGCCAUUCUGGGCUUCGCUUUCGUCGAGGCCAUCGGUCUGUUCGACCUGAUGGUUGCCCUCAUGGCCAAGUUCACCUAAGCAAUUUUUUCACCAUCAGCUCGGCUUUCGGGUUCCCGCGACAUUGGGCAGCCCCGAUGAUGGGCGGUUAAUGAGACGGGAGGCUGUCACUUGACAGCCAUUCAUCGGCAUCUAGAUCCAAAAAGGACACGGCGCGGAUAGAGCAUUAGAGCCCUUGUGUAUAGAAAUGGGUCAUAGACAAGAUCUUUUCGGAGGGGGAAUCAUCGAAAAGCAUGGCCCGGGCAGUCACUUCGCCGCUGCCCGCGGCUGCCUUGUAAAAAUAGCGAAACGUAUUCCCGCAAACCAAGCCAACAUCUCAAACAUUUUUCUUUUCUCUUACUUGAGCUUUCACCUGUGUGAGUCGGGAACAUGCAGGGACGCUUUAUGAGACGCUUUCUUUCUCA